AUGUCUGCAGUCGAAACAGCCUCGCCUCACCUACGGGUGUCCGCGAAAACAUCCCCAUCCACUACCGCCUCCGCACAACCCGCUUCCACCAGAAUCCCUCCGCCGCAGGUCUCGGCCGUUGACGACCACUUCUUCUGGACAUACACUGAAGAGCCGCACCGCUCACGGCGGCAAGCGAUAAUCAAGGCUCAUCCGGAGGUCACAAAACUCUGCGGCCCUGAACCACUAACGAAAUAUGUCGUCCUCGCCGUCGUUUCCACCCAGCUCAUAUGCGCCUAUCUCCUCCGCAACACCUCCAUGCUCGACUGGCGCUUCCUGGCUACCGCCUACGUGAUCGGAGCAACGGCAAACCAGAAUCUUUUCCUGGCCAUCCAUGAAAUAUCGCAUAACCUCGCUUUCCGCUCUGCCCUAGCAAAUCGGCUGUUGGCUAUUUUCGCGAAUUUGCCCAUUGGAUUGCCGUAUAGUGCUGCUUUUCGGCCCUACCACCUAACGCACCACAAAUCUCUCGGCGUGACGGGCCUCGACACCGACCUCCCCACCGCACUAGAAGCCUUCUUCCUCAACUCCCUCCUCGGCAAAACCUUCUUCUGCACAUUCCAGAUCCUCUUCUACGCCGUCCGCCCAAUGUUCAUCUACAGCCCGCCCUUCACAUCAAUCCACCUCCUCAACCUAGCCGUGCAGCUAUCUUUCGACUACGUGCUCACCCGGGUCAGCGGCGGCUCGCUGCAGCCCGUGCUGUAUCUCCUGGCGAGCUCGUUCCUCGCAGGUUCAUUGCACCCCUGCGCAGGGCAUUUUAUUGCUGAGCACUAUUUCUUUUCAAAGGCGCAGGGUGGGGGGACAGAGAGUCUUUCGGAAUUGAAAUCUGCAUCUGCUGCUGCCGGUAAAGAUGCCCCGGAGCAUCCAUUGGACUCGCUCCCCCCGCCAGAGACAUACUCCUACUACGGGCCACUGAAUAUCUUGACUUAUAAUGUGGGCCUACACAACGAGCACCAUGAUUUCCCCGCUAUCCCCUGGACAAGACUGCAUGCGCUCCAUGAGAUGGCGAGGGAGUUCUACGAGCCGCUGCCGUGUCAUCGGAGCUGGGUGUGGGUGAUCUGGACAUUCAUCCUGGAUAAGAAUGUUGGGCCAUGGUGUCGUGUGAAGCGGGCGCAGGGUGGGCGUGUGGUUGGUGGUGGAGGAGGAAACAGUACGAAGAAGAAUGGCACUGGUGGGCGUGGUGGGGAGGGUAUCUCUGCUGCGUCGGCAGGUCCGGCAGGAGAGGAAGGGGAUGGGUGGAAGGAAAGCGAGAUUCAGUGCUAG